GUCGCUUGGCCGGGCGUUCAGUUUUCCAGCAGCGCUCGAUGUGUGAGCACAGGCCCGUGAGACUUGCUUUCGCGAUCGGUGCACCCGCAUCACCCAACGGCGUUUAGUUGUAGUGUGUUGGUUAGUCCACCCUCUGCUCUUUCCUUUUUUUCCUUCCAUUCCUCCGCGGACUCGUAAGUUGUCAUUUUUUCCAUAUUUGAAUUGUUUAAUUAGCAAACAGUGAACAGUGAAGUGUUUGGUGUGAUAGUUAACGCUCCUGAUUUACAGUGGUGAUCGCUAGUAGUGCUUGAAAUAGAAACAAAAGAGUGCCUUAGACCUUUUGGUGCGAUUCGUUGACAAAAUAGUGAUUGCAGAAGGGUAGCCAAGUGUUUUUCUAGGAAUAAUUACUCCUGCUGGUACAGGAGUGUCGAGCGCAACUUUUUUUGGGGCAGCAAGAUAGAGUACUAAAGGGAAAACUAUGAAAAAGAUCCGAAGAUGGUUGUUACUGUUUGCGGUCAUAAUAGCGCUGAUGGUCCGAGUGGACGGGUUGAAGGCAACGUCACUAAUCUUCGGCCGCGGUCCGGCCACCACGACGACGACCACGACCACCAGCACAACGACCGCCGCCGCCACAUCGACGACGGAAGAAUCGGCCGAAGCAGAAGAUGAGGCCGUCGAACAAGGCGACGAUGCAGUGACGAAGGCUCCUCUAACCGGCAUACCGCAGGUCGACUAUGUCUGGGAUCCAAAUUUGCCUCGAGAGCUGCGAGGAUUCAAUUUGUCCAAUUAUCCCUUCCUGGACUCGGUACCGGCAGAGGAGGACAUCGAGUUCACGUGCGAUCCGAAACUGCACGAUGGAUUCUACGCCUCGAUCAAGUACAACUGUCAGCUGUACCAUCACUGCAUCCACGGCAUUCGGUACGACUUCCUGUGCGCCAACUAUACGGCCUUCGACCAGAAGACCUUCAUCUGCCAUUUCGCGUCGGAGGUGGACUGCAAGAACUCGCCCAAAUACUGGUUCCGAAACGAGCCACUGUAUAAGGCGACCACCACGACCACGGUAAAACCACCACCGACAACGUCAACUACGGCCGCUCCCACGACGGUUCCCUCGCGACCCAAACCGUUGCGCAAACCGGUGCGCAGAAGGCGUCCGCAGGUCGACUACUAUUACUACGACGAGGACUACGAGGAGGACUACUACGAGGAGCGCAACCGGCGCCGCAAGAACCGUCCGCGCAAUCGCCGCCCACUGUACGACGACUACGAGGAGGACGAGCGGUUCGAUCGGGUGCGCUACCGCGAGCGGGAACGUGAGCGUGUCGAGGAGGACGAUGACUAUGUGGAGGAUCGGCGCCCGUACCGCAUGAAGACUCGCACGCGCAACGGUGGAGAUCGACGACCGGUGGUGGACGAUGAUCGCCGGUACUAUGACGAUCGCCGACGGGACCGUGAUCGACGCCCGGUCGCGGAUGAACGUCCCAUGCGGCGUCCCAUGCCGUUGGAUGAGGUGGAAGAGAAACGGCCGGUGGCGACGGUGAACGAACGAAGACGGCCAUCCCGACCGACGGUCGACAGUCGCCGGCAGGCGGUAGGUGAGGAUCGUCGCUCGUUCGCAGGCGAUGCGGAAAGCCGCCGUGGUUCGGUGGUGGAGGAGAGAAAACCAGCGGCCAAGCGACCGGCCUACGACGAUCGGCGCUAUCAGGACGAGGUCGACGAGGAGGAGGACGACGACUAUGAUGCACGCGGAUCGUACGGUGGUGGUGGUGGGCGUCGUGCCGCGGACAAAGGGCGCCAGCAGAACGACGUGGUGACGGUGAAACCGUCCGGCUCGAGCAUUUACGACCGUCCCCGGGCAGCGCCGCGCAUCAAUCGGCCGGUGCCGCUGAACGAGAAGAGCAAGUACGCGUACGUCAAUCCGGAUGCGGCGGGCGGGAAACAGGGUGCGAAAGGCUCAACGACGGCAGCGCCCGAGCCGGAGUAUUACGACGAGUACGAGGAGGUACCGGCCAGGCGUGACGAUAAGCGCAAAGAGGCGGACGGAAAGCCGCCCCGUCCGAGCGCUUCGUCCGAUGUGGUGUACUACGACGAUGUGAUCGUGGCGAAGGAAGAUUUGCCACUGCGUACGGCACCGGGCAGCGUGCGCAAGCCGGAGCAGAGCGAGCGCGUCAACGGCAGGGACAAUUCCGAGCUCGCCAAGGGUGGAUCGCGUGGUGGCAUAAAGCACCAGCCGCAGUCAGCGCCAGCGCCUUCCAAACCGAAUCGCAACGUGCUGCCGGAACGGGUGGAAGAGGAGGAAGAUGCCGAGUACGAUGUGCCCGCGCCACGCCCAUCUGUGAUUGCCCGACCGCAGGCCGCUCUGUACAGCAACUUCAAGUCGAAAAAGUCCCAGCAGCGAGAGCCACCGGCGACGGAGAGCGCGAGCACUGCCCGUGCGCCGGUGCGCUCUACCAAGCGGCCUUUUCUUCCGAGCCGCGGCGGCAACCCGUACCUGGCCCGCGGUCUACAGCCGGUCGGUGUAGCGAAGCAGCCGGCCGGCGGCAAGUCGUCCGAGCCGGAAAAGCCGGCCCCGUUCCGCAUCGACAUUGACGGUGCCACCACACCGCAGGCAGUGUCCGGCAAGCAGCGCAAUCAGCAGCAAGCGCCACCGGCACCACCAUCGCAGGCACCACCACAGCAGCAGCAGCAGCAGCAGGAGGUGGUGAACGUGAAGACGCUCGACCAGCUGUACGACGACGAGUACGAUGUGACGCUGAACGAUGCGCUCAACCCGACGCUCAAGCCGCUGACGCGCAGUGCGCCGCAGAACUUCUUCCGCAACCGGUACGUCCACCAGCCGGACAGCGAGUUUGUGCCGUUCGAGCCGGCGUACGCACCGUCCGAGUUCCGGCGGACGGCGAUCCGACCGCCGGCGCCAUUGCUGUACCACGGCAGCCCGGUAGCCAUUGAGGCGGGCUCGGCCGCCACCUCCCAGCGUCGCGGUGCGCACGUGUUCGGCACGUACGAGUACUGAGCGCGAGCCGUGAAACAUGGGUUUCCCUUUUUCCCUCCUCUCCUUUUCCCAUCUCUUCCCCCCCAAAACAAAAUGCUGGAAAAGAUCUAAUUUAUUUUUUGAAACCCAACGAACUUCCCGUCCUUCCUGUCCCAACCUAACCCGAAUCAUACGCGGUGGCAACGUGCUGAAAGAGAGAGAGUGAAAGAAGAGAACUUCACAUAAACAAAUCCGUCCAAGCCUGCUAUCGCGUCCACUAGCGAUGUGUGAAAUAUUCUCUUAAAUAUUUUUUUGUUUUUGUAAAUACUGUAGAACCGUGGCAAGCAAUAAACGAGCAAUAUGGAAAUACUCAAAAAUAUGUAAAGGUGAUAAGCGAUCGUAACAUAUCGUCGGAAGAGCUUCCGCCCUGCAGGUGGAAAGUGUGGCUACAAUGCUGGCUAACAAACAACAAUCAAACGAACCGAGGCAUUGUAAAUCGCGUAGAGAGCAAAGGGGGAGAAUGAAGGAAGAAAGUAAUUAAAAGUAAUAGUUGCUAAGCAAAACGGUCAUGAUGAUGAUGGUGAUGAUGAUGAUGAUGAUGUAUUGUCAAACAGAGGUGUAGAAAACGGAAAAACCCCAUCUUGGAAGUAAUAGUACUAGAGUUAGUAAUGAGCAGUAGAUGGAUCGAAAUUUAAUAUGCAAAAGUGAGUUAAACGGAAAGGGCGUGAGAUGCUAGCGUUAUAUUUGAGAUACUGUUUUCUUCUUUAACUUCCCCCCCCCCUGUAACAUGUAUGAAUGUAUGUAUGAUAUGUACAAGUACACACAGUGGCAACACCCAUACGAUAGGGCAAGCAACGAAUAUUAAAAAAAAAAGACAAAACAGAAAAGCAUACAUAGCUUCGAUAACGGAACGUUUGACAGAGGAUGAUGAAGAAAAUAAAAUUUUCUUUUAUAAAAAAAA